AGUCGCGAAUACUAGACGUGCGACGGUUUUCGAAAAUAAAUCUAUCGAUAUUUCGAUUUCGUGCGCGCCCCUCACUAUUUUCGAGACAAACGCCGGCAGGCCGCGUGCGUUCGAUCGUAUCGAUUUUAUCGAUUAUCGAGUAUCGACUUUUUGUGACAGUGAACACGUGGUGUUCGCAAAACGUAUUCUCAUUUUGAAACAAAAUGGUAAUUGUUUGUUUUCGAAUACAAUAUUUCUUGUAUUUCGCGAUAAAGUAAAAUUUACACGUGUUUCGGUUUGUUUGUUUGUGUUGUUAGUAAGUUGUUUGAUCGUUUCGUCAUACGCGCGUGGCAGUUUUUAUAUGAUAAUUCCGUGAACAGAAUCUCUACAGUAUUAAUAUCUUCUAGAAUGUACCAUAUAACACUAGUUAUCGCCGCGGCGCUACUCGGGGGCGGCUGUAGAUCUGCAAAUGUCAAUAAACACAUGAAAAUGUUACCUCAAAUUGAUAACAAUAUUGAAUCAAAUGUGGUAUCAACAAAACAGUCACCAGUAACGAAGCUGCUGGCCAUAACGCGAAGACCGAAUGUCCUCAACCCUCACCCGCCUGGUACCACCGUCGAACUGACCUGUGAAGCAUACGGCACGCCAGCUCCAUCUAUACAUUGGUACAAGAACGACGUACCAGUUUAUGAGCACGAUAUGGAGUCCAAUGAAUUAAUAGACACGAACCCGGCAUCCCUCGCUCGGGUUGUUUCAACGCUGCUGGUGACAAGAACGGACGAGCAGGAUGAAUAUACGUGUCUCGUGAAGUCGGGAACGAAGGUCGCCAGAGCUUCCAGCACUGUCUACAGAGCACCGACAGAUGGCAACACAGAGGUGACGGAGCGUUCGAAACUGAUCCCUUUGGAGCCUCGAAUACUGGUGUCUUAUAAGGCGUACAUCGACACCAUUGGGAGUAACGUGAUGCUGCCCUGCAGGGUGCGAGGACACCCGCGGCCACACAUCACGUGGACGUGGAAGAAUAACAACGGCACAAGUGGCACAGUCACCAAGAACACACCUAGAAUGAAGGUGCUCCGUUCUGGUGAGCUGAUAAUCUCGCCGCUGAGGUGGAGCGACAUGGGCGAGUUCACGUGCCGAGCGACCAACGUGUUCGGCAGCCAGUACGCGAACACGUUUGUCUACCCCGCUAAAGCGGGGUAACCCAUAUCGUUAGCAAUCACACAUACAAGCGUGAAGCAUACUUAAACUGGAUGUUCCUGUUAAUAGUUAAGUUAAACGUUAAGAGGCUUACACACCGAACCACGGGCACGCUGCCCUCCUGCUGACAAAACGCACGACAAACGCGAUUUGAAAAAAAAAUACCAUUUUGAUAAAUAUUUUCAAGUUGAUUACAUGAAAGUUUUCAUACAUUCGAACUCAACUUUUCAUGAACCGUGUAUUCUUGUAUGUAUGACUGAUUACAUAUACGUACAUACACACAUUUUGUAGAAAGCAAUACUACAUAUUAAUAUACAUAAUACAAUGAAUGAAAGAAUGUUAGCACUAAUCAGAUUAUUUUUUAAAUUCUAUAAUUAAUAUAGAUAUAUAAUAUA